UCACUACGUCCAAAGAGCAAGCCGGCUUGAACCAGGAUUGCUUUCCACAUGGAGGGGCUGCGGACUGCCCCUGUCCGUGGGCUCCACCUGCGUCCGCGAGCUGCUGUUGAAGAUCCGGGGAGCCAGGAACACCGUUUUCCGACACGCAGAAGCAUUUGCCCCUCUGGGUGGAAGAAGCAGCCCUCUUGAACUCACCAAGACCCCAAAGGGUGCCCGCACGCGGGUCGGGAGCUUGGCAGCAGAGGGGUCCGCGAAGGGCGCGCUGCCCGUGGAGACCAGCGGCGUGAACCGCCAGAGCGCGGCAGAGCAGAGAGCCCUUCGUGGAGGAGAAGAUGGAACUCUCAGGAGGAUGGAUUCUGUGGAAGUCCUUGGAAGUGCUGAGCCUGUCUUGGUCCUGGGUGAGCUGGGGCUGCUCCCUCUGAAGCGGCAGCCCCGAGGCUUCCCCUUGCUCCUGUCCACUUGAACUGUAGCUGCCCCUCGGCCUGAAACAUGUCAGCCAGCCAUCGCUGACUGCUGCAGGGGGCUUCCUGGAAGUAGGCCCUGGACAGUACUUUGUGGCAGUCGUUGAUCAAAGCAGCCUCCAGAGAAACCAGCCUAGGGAACGACACAGAACCAAAGGGGCCCAGAGAGAGGCAGCACUGCGGCGGGACCCCUCUGCAUCCCCUGGGAGGAGCAGCUCCGGUCCACCCCACAGGAGUCUGUGAAGUUUGGAGGCUCGAAGCAGGGUCACGAGUCUGAGCCAGGCUCAGAGCUCCUGCCCCCAGCAGCUGUGAUGAACCAGACGCAGGUCACUGAAUUCCUCAUUCUGGGAUUCUCAGAAAUACCUCAGCUGGAAAAGCUGUUCUUUCCUGCCUUCCUCCUCCUCUACAUGGUGGCCCUCUCUGGAAACCUGCUCAUCAUGGUGGUCAUUGGCUCCAGCCCUGCCUUGCACACCCCCAUGUACUUCUUCCUGGUCAGCCUGGCCGUGGUGGACAUCCUCUGCACCUGCACGAUCCUGCCUAAGCUGCUGGACAGCAUGGUGGCUGACAGGACCAUCUCCUACGGGGGCUGCAUGCUGCAGCUUUUCUUCUUCACGUGGUCCCUGGGGGCUGAGCUACUGCUCUUCUCCGCCAUGGCCUAUGACCGCUAUGUGGCCAUCUGCUGGCCCCUGCGUUACAGCACUCUCAUGGACCCGCGAGCGUGCAGGCUCCUGGCCGUGGCUGUGUGGACAGUCAGCCUGGCCAACACCGGCGUGCACACCGGCCUCCUGCUGCGCCUGCCCUUCUGCCACUCGAACGUGGUCCAGCACUUCUUCUGCGAGAUCCCCCCUUUGCUGAAGCUCUCCUGCGCCCCGACACGCCUGAAUGAAGCGAUGGCCUUCGCUGCAGACAUAAUCCUGGCUGUGGGGAACUUCUCCGUGAUCAUUCUCUCCUACGUCCGCAUCAUCGUCAGCGUCCUGCGCAUCCGCUCAGCCGCGGGCAAGCGGCGGGCCUUCUCCACCUGCUCCUCCCACCUCCUGGUGGUCACCUUGUACUACUCCACCGUCACGUACACCUACAUCCGCCCGGCGUCCAGAUACUCGCUGGACAAGGACAAGGUGGUCUCUGUGAUCUACACUUCUGUAGCACCCUCCCUGAACCCCCUUAUCUACUCCCUGAGGAACACGGAUGUCAAAGCUGCCCUCAGGAAGCUGCUUUGCUGAGCUGAGGGCUGUGUGUCCAAUGCCCAGGCCGCACCACCUCCCCCAGGGGGUACGGCAGCAGGCCUGGCCCGGGGCGCGGGUUUCCCUAACGUGGGGUGUGUCCUGGUGUCUGGAAGCCCGUCCUCCUUCCGGAAGACACACCCCAACGCACUAUGCAGUGUCCCUGGAGCCCCGCUCUGACACCACUGCCCCCUGGGGCCUCGGGAAGCCCCUUGUCCUCCAGAUCCUGGGUGUCCUGCCCUGUAGGGUCGAGGAAUGACCUAUGUGGUAGCUCUGUGAACUGAAAGGCACUAAAUAGAUCUCAGAAAUCAUCAGUGUGGACACGGCCCUGUCCCCAGCGCUGGCUAGCAGUUUUCUC